AUGUUGCAGAUUGCUGACCUGAUUCAGAGCGGAUUGACAACGUAUUGCCAGCAAGUGUCACGAUUCAGUGGCAAGGUGGUGCCAUCUGAAUUGCAACUUGGAUGGUUGGUGAACAACCGUUGGGCACGCGUGAUGGUGCCCGAUGGGUAUUCAUCCCAUUGCGGAUUCGCGAAUGUCAUAAUCCUGACAUUGAUUCAUGUCUGCAACAGCUGUGUUGCGAGGAUGACCAUUGGAUCUGAUGAUGAGAUUCCAACGUUCACAUUGGACCUUUCAUUCUUGAUUCUGGAUCGUGUGAUGGAGUGCCAUUGGGCAUUGAAGCAAAUUUUCGCGACAUCUGUCGCGAUUACAUUGUACAGGGCUCGUCAAUACAAGCAAGUGGAUGAAUUGGUGGAUUGGUUCGUUUGCCUUGCCUUGCCAUCUUCAUCGGUGGAGCAAUUGGCGAGUGGCCAAACGGCGACCAUUCCCACACCGCUUGGGCAAUUGAACCCACAGUUUACCAUUGAAGCGAGUCUUCGAAAACUCGCUCAUUGGUACCGACAAUCAAGAUUUUCGCGGGGGCAGAUAGAUGAACUUGUCAAGAUAUUGGUGUUCAGGCGAACCCGCGAAAUGGCGGAUACGCGAUUGAAAACCGAAACCGGUAUUGGAGGCUUCAAGAAGUUUCAUAAUUGCAGCUUUUUGGGCUGCAGCUGGUGUAUGACGAUUGACUCGUCGUACGCGACUGGCGGUGAGUACAAGUAUUGUCUCCCCGCCGUUUGCCGACAGCAUUGCGUGAUAUUGGAGCUCACCUCAUUGACUGUUGAGAAGGCAUGCGCAUUGAUUCACAAUUCCUCGUACAGCAACUGGAUGCCAACAGAGGCAUUGCACAGGCAUUGCUCGUUCCCUUUGAGCAGUAUGCAGAUUGAGGGAAUUCCAGAGCUGAGUCUAUUGACCGAGAAUUGUGAAGAAGUUCCAGCAGAUGACAUUGCUGCUGAGGCUGACCUAUUGGGCGAUUCAAGCUCGUCCGCAGGGUCAUUGACCCAGCAGGAGUAUUCAGUCAUGCUGGCAACGGCUGCCACCAUUGCGAAGAAACGCAAAGGCCAACAGUGA